GGCGUAACCCCGCCGGUGCCGUUGCAGGUGCGCUUGGCGAUAGCCGAAAAAGCCCUGAAGUGCGAAGAGCACGAUGUGAACCUGCCGCUGAGCGAGCACAACGAACCGUGGUUCAUGCGCUUGAACUCCUCGGGAGAAGUACCGGUCCUGAUCCACGGGGAAAACAUCAUUUGCGAGGCAACGCAGAUUAUCGAUUACCUGGAAGCGACGUUUGUAGAUGAGGAAGUACCAAGACUGAUGCCGGAAGAAGGGAGCAUGUAUUAUCCAAGGGUGCAACACUACAGAGAGCUUUUAGACUCCUUGCCUAUGGAUGCCUACACGCACGGCUGCAUCCUGCACCCCGAGUUAACAGUGGACUCCAUGAUUCCAGCCUAUGCUACCAGCAGAAUUCGUAGCCAAAUAAGUAACACAGAAUCAGAAUUGAAGAAACUUGCAGAAGAAAAUCCAGACCUUCAAGAUGCCUAUAUAGCAAAACAGAAGCGCCUUAAGUCUAAACUGCUGGAUCAUGAUAAUAUAAAAUACCUAAAGAAAAUACUGGAUGAACUGGAAAAAGUUUUGGAUCAGGUUGAGACUGAGUUACAGCGGCGAAAUGAGGAAACACCAGAAGAUGAAAAUCAGCCUUGGCUCUGUGGUGAUUUCUUCAGUCUGGCAGAUGUAUCACUUGCUGUCACAUUACAUCGCCUGAAGUUUCUGGGAUUAGCAAGAAGAAACUGGGGAAACGGAAAGCGGCCCAACUUGGAAGCCUAUUAUGAGCGUGUCCUGAAGAGAAAAGCAUUUUACAAAGUUUUAGGACAUGUCAACAAUAUAUUAAUCUCGGCUGUUCUGCCAACGGCAUUCCGCGUGGCCAAGAAAAGGGCGCCCAGGGUUCUUGGCACUACCCUGCUGGUCAGCAUGCUGGCAGGAAUGGGUUACCUUGCUUUCAUGUGUCUUCGGAAGAGGUUUGCUAACAUGGUGUUAUCGAUUAGAACUAGGCAACGUUAUUUUUAGACCCAUCUGUCGCUGGUGGUGAGCGAGGGCAUCUCUACCCCCCAGGAAAAUAUCCCAAAUAAAAUAUAGACGUAGAAGAAAGGUUAUGUCUGUGAAUUAGAACAUUGUCACACAGUAAUUGUCUCCUGCUGUUGUAUAAUUGGAUGGGCAAUGCCGAGAUAUUUGUGGAAAAUAUAUGUUCAGGGGACAACAAAGGAAAGAAGAGACUUUCUUUUCAGACGAGGACCUGUAAGGGCUGUGACAGUGCAUUGUUAAAGUGGUUAUUGUCUCCUUUACCCAGUAGCUGACCUAAUUAUAGUGCUUUUAUUUAAUAGAUAUGCAGCAAUGUGACAGCUUUUCACUGUAGGUGAAAUGCAUUACGGUGCAGAAACCAGCAUUGUUGAAAUACUGAAAAUAGCACUUUAAAUGCUCGGACUAGGAUUUAAGUGGAACAUAGGCUCCGUGCCUGUUCUGUAUGGGAGUGUCUCUAUACAGAUUAAUGUCUACUGAUUUGCAGUUGGACCUUUAGGAAUGUGUUAAAGUGUAGUCUUUCCAGAGCCACUUUUGUCACCGUAUAUUCAUGCAGCAGUACAGGAAGAGACCUGAAACACAUAUGAACACCAGUGAUUUGUGGGCUACACAAGUGAAAUUCUCCAGAGGCAUCAGUGGUCAACAGAUGCUAGACUUCUGCUGAAAUACAAAUGGGAGUGAAAAACCUGACACUUGUCUUUUGAAAGCCUUUUGGGUAGCCUUUGGCCCAGCCAGGUGCCCUGCUCAGCUGCAAGCCCUGGCUGAGUUGAACCAGACUGUCUUGGUGCACAUUUCCUGCUUUCAUAGGGGUGGCUUGACACAGUUGUCUCCAUAUUGGUGUCCCAUGUACCUUUACUUGUUUCCACUCUGAGCACUGGCUAUUUUUUCCACACUCCUUGGCUAUGUUAGCAAUUGCAUGUGCCUCUAUGAAAUGUUUGCCCACAACGUGCCACAGCCAACAUAUGCACAACAAUUCAUUUUGCAAAAGUAAUUUAAAAUUGUUCACUAUCUUUCAGUCUGGUUAGGUAGCCUAGACUGAAGGUGAACCUGUAGUUUAGCAAUCUGUUUACUUAUGGAGAGGUAUCAUUUUGGUGGUAAAUGAAAAAUAUAGGUCAGUUUGGAGACAGGUGAUUUGUACUGCAGAUUUCUUUGCAAAGCUGCACUCUUGUGGUGUGUAGGAAAGGUGUAGAAAAACACUUUGAUUACUUCCCACUACUCAGCAGAUGCUGAGAGUUUUAUUAGGUUUGAACUGAGCUCCCAUUUCAAUGAGAAAUGUACAUUUACCUGAAGGUAAUCUUUGAAUCAUUUUGCAGCAAGAAAGCAAUUGGGAAGGGCUGAAAAUCCUCAUGACAGUUUAGUAAGAUUUUUAUAUUCCUGAUGAAUGUCUGAAAGCCUCAAGAGUUUUGUUUACAAGUUGUAGAUAACUGCAACAAGCAAAACAUAGCUUUAAAUGUUUGUCUAUCAACCACUAGCUCUAAGAGGCCUAAGUACAUUUUAGAUCCAGUGCUAGUGGCUGUGGUCUCUCUGCACAAUUGCUUUUGAGCAUCAAGAAGAUCCUCUCUCAAGUUCGCUGGAGAGAACUGAGGCAGUUUCUGUCUGGGCGGUCUCACCAUCUAGCAGACAGCAAAAUAGAUACAAUUGUUGAAUAUUCCUGCUUAUAAUUUAAUAUUGUGCUAAUUGUGUAGCAAAAGAAGACCUAAAUAUCAUUGCUCCUUUUCAGUAAUAAGAAACAUCUUACCUAGGAAACAAUGCUUUUUUUAAUUUGUCAAAAAGACAGUUUUUUAUUAUUCUAUUUCAUGACCCAGUUGUUCUCAAGAACUUGUUGAAUUAAAUGUGCUCUAUGUGGAAAAUAUUUAUCAUCUCCAGAGUAAGUUUAAUCCAACAAUACUAUUAACGUGCUGGCAGCUUUGAGUUUGUAUAUUGCAGUUCAUCUGCAUUUCCUUGUAACCAAAAAAAUUCCACUAAGUUAACGAAAAUAAAUCACUGUUAACACAGAGUGAGGCCUGCAACUUAAUGUUUCUCUGGCCUGUAUUUCUUUCAGGGCCAUCUGUAAAAUAGAAUCUGAUCAAGUCACGGUAAAAUUCAAUAUAUAGGACUUAGCUUUCUUCAGAAUUAAUUUAUAUUUUACUUUUUCCUUCCUCUUUUUUUUUUAUGUGUUAGUUCUAGAUAAGAACACUUAAAUUGCCAGAGGUGUGCCCGUUUAGUUCAUACUAGCAGCCCCGUGGGCUGUGACACAGGUUAAUUAUCGCUGAAGCAAUUUUACUUCCGCCCAAUCCUCAGUGAUCUCUGCGCUUCAGCCUGCCAGGAGCUGCAGGUACUGUUGGGAAGGAAUGAAAUGACCACCAGAUGUCAGUGGUCCUCCAGGGCUACACUUUGGCAUGCCUCUGAGAUGUGCAGGAAAGCACUAGGUUUCAGAAACAAAAAGUUUGUGAUCUCAGCAUAAAAUGGAUGUGAGCAUCCUCAUCAGACUAGCAGACUUGCACGAGCUCCUGAAACAACUGCUUUGGCCUGCUACAGGUUCUUUGGUACCUACCAUUUAUGAUUGUGUGUAGUUUCCACACUGGAUAAAUAAGGGGGCAAAGCUGAAAUAAUAUUUCACAUUAACAUGAAUGUCAUUGAACAGCAAUUAAACUUGUCAUCUGCAGGAAUGGACAUGGAUAAAACUUUUACUGUGGAAAAGUUUGGAUCCCUAGUUUAAUUCAUGUCUGUUCAACUCUUUGAUAGCCUUACUUUCACUGCCCUGAAGUACUCUGUGCGACAUUGAUUUCUGUACAGGUGGCAGCAAAAGGCUUAUCCUUGAUUAAAUUCCUCAAAAUAGGAUGAGAUUUAGAAGCACAUAGGCUGUAUAUGUCUCUUCGUGCAGCAUAGCUUUUGUGUGGUUCUUGUAAAGUUUCUUUUCAGCCUAGCUUAUUUUCUUUCCCGUGGUACCUCUGUAUACUAUUUAAAUCGGAUACACAAGCAAUCUUCUGGUUUUCAUUUACUGUUUGCUCUCAUAUCACACAUCAGAUCUAUUUCAUGUCAUAUCUUUGUAUGUAGGACCUGCACAAUAAACAUUGAUUCUAAGACCACUUUCUGGACUGGUUUAUGUUGUCUGUAUCGGUAAAACAAAGCAUAUUUGAGGAUCACACAGCAUUGC